AUGGCUGAUUUAACUAAUGAAUCAGGUGGGUCUGUAAGUAUCGACUCGUCUCAAGCGCAUAACUUCCUAUCACGUUCUCGCCGUUCAGCUGAUGUGAAAUGGUACCAAAAGGAUCCAGACUUUCCGUCGUACUACAGAUACUACAGCAGCAUUGGACACGUUGAGGGCCUCUAUGAGAUCGACAAGAUCCGGAUGCUCUACCAGCAGAUGCGUCACUUGGAGCAGUCCUACGGCGUAGACGCCUCCAACUACCAGAACAUUGCAGGCCUUUGGAUUCCCGAAGCCACUUCUCCACCUCCCACCACCAAACCUCCACCACCACCCUCCACCCUUCCACCGAUGCUGUCUGUUUCUCAGUCUGAAGUUAUAUACCUGUGCAAUCCCAAGGACCCGCUCUGUAAGCCCAGACUUGUGUAUGUACCCAGCGGAGCUGUCGUCGUUCCCUGUGAUCCACGCUACCACCCCAGCUGUAAAUUAAGAACCUCUACUGAGGGCCCUGCUGAGGCAGCUGAGCCUCGUACCACUGCCACCCCUCUGCCCAUGCCAAAACCUCCCAGCAUCAUCAUCAAAGGUAUGGAGUACAACUGUGACCCUUACUGGGACCCUGACUGCUUGAUCGAAAACCCCCCGAGACCUGUGAAAGCGAGCGAUCCUCCUGCGUCAAACCUUCCAAUGAAAUCUCGGUUCAGCAACAAAGCAGAAAAAGAUAUUUUUGAAUAAAGAAGAUGCUCCAGCUUCGUCAUCUGAGGACAAAAGUGGCUUUGGAUGCUUCCUAAGGCCUCUGUGAUGCAAACGAUUACUACAGGGAUCUUUAUGAUGCUUACUGUUAUGUUAAU